UACAAGUUUGGUUGAAGAAUAAUCAAUUUAAAAUAUCCUGAAAUUGAAAUAUUAACCAAAGAAUGGCUACUGAUGUUUUGAUUAAAUCUUUCGACUCUUUGCAAGAAGAUUUAAAUAGGGCUAAAAGUAAUCUGAAAGGUUUAAACGAGAAUAUUCGCAGGAUAAUAGGACGGGAACCUGCAGAAGAAAAUUCUAGAAAUGAACGUAAUACGGUGAGGAAACGCAAUUUCCCUGAAGUUAAUAGAAGAAUUGGUAAUGUGGAAGUAGAGAGGCCAAGAAAUAGAGAUUUAAGUCCUCCUGUCAAAAUUCGAAGGUCCAUAGAUGGGAAAUCAGUGUUCAGUCGUUUGUCUGGUCAUGCAUUUCACGAUGAAGAUAAUAACACAUUUAAGCCAAGACUAUAUUCACGUGUCAUUAAAGAACUUCCAACUCGCGAAGAAAUCGUUGAAGCACAAUGUAUGGAUGAAGAAUCACGAGCGAGAAAUCGUCGCAUGUUUGGUUGUUUAUUAGGAACAUUGCAAAAAUUUUGCCAGGAAGAAUCCCGUUUAAAACCAAAAGAAGAAAAGAAAGCAAUGGUUGAAAAAAAACUAGAGGAACAAGAAAGAAAAGAGCGUGAAGUUUUGCGAAAAGAACGCCAAAUUUUAUUUAUAGAUAGAAAACGGCAACAGCUCGAAAUUCGUAAAUUAGAAUCGAAAAUGAUUUUAGUUGAAGAAUUUCAAAUAUGGGAAAAAGCAAAACGAAGUUUAAUGAGUCACAUUAGAACGAAAACAAAACCACCAAUAUAUUUCAAACCUAAAAUACUAAAUGAUAAAUCAAAGAAACUAUUAAAUGAAUGCCAAUCUGAUUUAGAAAAGGAAAUUGAAAAGAAAAAAGCGAAAUUGAAUGAAGAAAUUUUACUACUAGAUGAUCGUUAUAGACUAAGAGACGAUGAAAUUCAAUUUAUGAAGAGUACUGAAGAAGGUAAGAAGUUACUGGAUGGUACAGAAACAAGGUACUAUCAGAGAUCAGGAGAUAAAACUGACUCAAGUGAUGAAGAUGAAUAUGAUAGUACUUACGAAAGCGAUGGGCGCGAAAUUGGUUUUGUUAGCAGUGAUAGGAAAUAUUCUAGAAGCGUUGUUGUUGUUCAAAAUAAUUAUAACAAAAAAAACAAUAAUUCAUAUUCAAAUAAUGAACAUCACUAUAAUAAUAAUUGUUCAAUGGGCAGUGAAAGAUCUGAAAAUGAUGGUCAUCUUGAAAAUAUAGUUAAGGAAGAAAAAGAUAAUGAUACUGAUGAUGUAAAAAUAGAAAAUAAUACAUCAAAAGAAGGCAAUAUAGGUUACAAAAAAAAUGAUAUUGGAUUUAACAAUAAAAAUAAUACUUCUAAUUCAAUUAAAAUAAAAAGGGAGAAAGAUCAAAAAAGUGAUUGAUGAAAACCGUUUAGCUUGAAAGGAGAAUAUAAAUUUAAUAUUUAAACUUUGAUAUCGGAUUAUAAGCUUAUCAUUUUUCUUUUUUGUUUGUUUUAUCUCGUUUUAUAAAAAGUUAUAAAAAUUGGAACUAUUAUUUCUGCAACGAAGAAUUAUUUGACCUUGUGAUUGAUUCCUGAAUAUAAAAUUUGUACUACUUCUCUUCUUUUUAGUUUUGAAACAAAUUCCAAUAUUAA